AUGGCGCAUAAAGCUGUUUGGGUGGCGUUUGUCUGCGCUUGCCUAGUGAUAUUACAAGUGAGCGCUGAAUUGAAGGGCCGUUGUCCGGCUGACGAGGGAACUUGUCCUCCACGCGCUACGCCUUGUAAUGACGACGAUGAUUGUGGCAAUCAGAUCUGUUGCAACACCUCCUGUGGUCGAUCCUGUAUAGACCCGCUAUACACCGGAUGUGAGAACAUAAAACUGUCUUCGGAACGAAUUAGCCGUGCUCUAGCUGCUGAGAACACACGCAGCGGUCGAGGUGUGAUGAGGACCCUACGAUCUCCUCGCUGCAAAAUCUCUGAUGGAGAGUUUGAAGAGAUACAAUGUGAUAACGAGAUCAUAAGCUCGUGUUGGUGCGUGGACGCCGCGGGCUUUGAGGUGCCGGGUACCCGCGCCCCCGCAGCGGGUUUAGUGAAUUGUUCACGAACAGCACCAUGUGCGGCGCAUACUUGCCGCAUGCUGUGUCCACUCGGCUUCGAGCUGGACCCUAAUGGUUGUCCGCUCUGCAAGUGUCGCGACCCUUGCUCCACUAUCACCUGUCCCAACCAACUAUCAUGUCAGUUGGAAGAAAUACCAUGCUUACGACCACCAUGUCCCCCAGUGCCGACUUGUAAAAGGGGUCGUAGCCUUCAAAACAUAUGUCCUGUAGGCGAGCCACUUUUUAUAUCAGAAACAAGACGACCAUUCCUGUGCGGUACGGAUCCAGGAAAACCGAACUGCCCGCCUCUGUAUAAAUGUCUCGUCGAAUCUGGUAACGACUACGGCGUCUGCUGUCCAGCGUCACUUGAACUACAAAAAGCUGGGACCUGUCCCGCUUCAAGGUCUUCUGAAAUGGACUGUGGGACUCCCUGUGCUCACGACCUCGAAUGUCCGUCAAUGCAGAAAUGCUGCGACGGUGGUGAAUGUGGGAGACAUUGCAUUCUACCCCACAACGUCACUAUCUGCACUCAGCAAAAAAUGCUCGCUGAAUUACUGGUUGUGAGCGAGAAAGAAGGUAGAGGAUACGUACCGCAGUGCACGUCUGAUGGGUCCUUCCUAUCGAAACAGUGCUCGAGAAAUGGGCUUGUGUGUUGGUGUGUGGAUACAGACGGCAAUAAACUUCGUGGCUCUAUGGGACCGUCGGAAACCGUGAAGUGUUCUGCUAAGCCUCAUCCAGCUCGUACUGGUGCUAGGAGUAUGAGUUCCUGUGCCAGGGCCCUGUGCGCCGGGGUCUGUGAGUACGGCUACAAGACAGGCAGCGACGGGUGUCCGAGCUGCGAGUGUGAUGAUCCCUGUGCUGGCUUCCCCUGUGCAGAGGGAGAGGAGUGUGUGCGAGUUCGGGAUGCUGAUUGCUCUGGAGAACUUUGCACUGGAUAUCCCGUCUGCCGUCCAAAGGUCUCGUAUGAGAAUCCGUGCUUAGUGGGUGUACCAGCGACAGACGAGCGCGGGGCGGUUUUAACUUGUAGGGAAGGGGGUGAGUGUGGGGAGGGACAUACCUGCACCCACGGAGGGAGACACGGACCAGCUGUCUGCUGUCCACGACCGGAUACUGACACGGAUAAUACCACUGAACCGGAUAUACUCGAGAUCAACUUCGAAGCGUGUGGUCCAGAGGCUGAAGCGCUCUGCGGACUGAACUCCACAACCAGCUGCUCGGACGGUGUGUGUGAUGAAGACCUGGAGUGUUGUAUGACGGCCGGCUGUGGAGCUGUGUGUGUGGACCAAGACAAAUUACGACUGCAGACCGAUAUUGUUGACGAUACGCCCUCUAUGUGCGAAUACCUCCGAGACUUCGACGAAAAGAUGGAAGGGACGGUGGACGGCAUGAAGUUGGCACUACCAGCGCCGAGCUGCAACCCUGACGGCAGCUUCACGCCGCAGCAGUGUGCUGGUGGACGGUGUUGGUGCGUCGACUCAUUCGGCACUGAAAUACCCGAAACUAGCACUAACAACGCAUCUGCCGUGGACUGCAAUAAGGUGCGAUCUGAGCUUUCCUGUCUCGAGCUGACGUGUCGUAUGGGUUGUGACUAUGGCUUUGAACUGGGUUCCGGACGCUGCCCCACUUGUAAAUGUCGUGACCCUUGUGUUGGUGUCUCAUGCCCCACCGGCCGGGCCUGCGCCCUCGUAGAUGUCGCCUGCGACGCUGAUUACUGCCCUCCUGUACCUGCGUGUCUCCCGCGGAAGUCAGGUCAGUGUCCGUAUCUGGUGCCAUGGACGGGGUCGUGUGAGUGGUCGUGUCGCUCGGACGCGGAGUGCGGCGGUGACGCGAGGUGCUGCGCCACGGGCUGCGGGACAGCCUGCGCUGAACCGUUGAGACAGACUAGCUGUCAACAGAGACGUGCUCUGGCUUUACACACGGCUGCGGAGAGCGGAAACCCGCCUUCGUGGUCUUGGGUCCCUCGCUGUAACGAAGACGGCUCGUAUGAAAGUAUUCAGUGCAGAGGAUCUACUAACAUCUGCUGGUGCGUGGACAGCGUUGGCAAUGAGAUCACCGGUACUCGUACAAACAACUCCUCUCCAAACUGCACCGCGCCAACUCAAUGUCCAGACCCGAAGUGUGAUGAACAAGAAAUAUGUCCACACGGCCGGGAGUUGAACGAAAAGGGGUGUCCAACUUGCAGCUGUAAAGACCCGUGCGCUGAAGCCAAAUGUAGAGAAGACGAGACCUGCGAGCUGGUGCCUUUAGAAUGCGAGGGUGAAACAUGUCCACCGCUGGCUCGCUGCUCGCCGUCUCCUCAGUGUCCGUCAGGGGAGCCUCUCCUUGCCCGCGGGGGUGGAGCCCUGCCGUGUGGCCCCCACGCCGCCGCUUGUCCCUCUACACACGCCUGUCGCUUCGCCCCCCACGACGCUAAACCAGCCGUCUGCUGUCCAAAGCCUCGAACUGUGUGUUUGGAGAACAAGGACGAGGGUAUAUGCGAGGGUUCAGGUCUGAACGUGACGCGCUGGCAUUUCAACUCAGCGAAGAACAGAUGCGAACGUUUCCUGUACCACGGCUGCUCCGGGAAUCACAACAAUUUCCGGACUAAGGAAGAGUGCAAUGCUGUCUGUCCCGUUGGAAAUGCAACACCGAAAGUAAGAAAGACCAUCAACGUGUGCAAUGACACUGAAGUGUUGAGUCCAUGCGAAAGACUACGAGAGAAAAACGAAGCAGCUGCUUUGAAAUAUGGAAAGGGAACGUUCAUACCUGCUUGCGAAGAGAAUGGAGCCUGGCAGUCUGUGCAGUGUAUGGCGCAUAUUGAUGUUUGCUGGUGCGUGAAUGCUCGUGGCGAACCUCAAAAGGGCUCGCUGCUCCGCGGAGGGAAACCGUCUUGCAACUUCCGACAAGCACGUAAAUGGAUACGACGAGACCCGCUGGAUGAAAAAGACAGAGCCGAUGAAGUAUUAGAAGAACUGAUCAGGCAGAUGACAACAUACAGAGUAGACGAUUUCGAAGAACAAGACGAAGUAGACUCCAUAGAGCUGGAGGCUGAACACCGUGAGGGCAAUGACCUCCAGGAUGUGUCCAGCGAAGAUAGCUCCGUGCUAUCGGAGGUCGUGGUCCCGAAACUUGCGGAAACUAUACGAAAAACACAACCGGUACUGGUGACUCCGGUGUCAGAACAAACUGGUUUUAAGACCAAGUGUCAACUGAUGCAGGAAGAAGUUGAUAAUGGUGGUGACGGCUACCGUCCCCGCUGUCACCCUGACGGAUCGUUCGCUGCCCGUCAGUGUGGAAGAACAAGGUGCUGGUGUGUAGACGCCGCGGGACGGACACGACACGACACCACACACGACGACCCUUGCGAGGUCACCCAAAUCGAAUCCGCUCUUCUUGAGCUGGAAUUGAUCGGUACAGAGGAAGACGGAAGGAAGACUCAGAAUCUUCUUACAACGAAGCUAUCAGCAUUAGGUGUUCAAGUACCAGUGACUAUGACAAGAGAAAAAGGCGUGGUGAGACUUCGAGCGGUGUUGCCAGGAUCAAGAGCCGCUGACGUGGUCUAUCAUUUGGAAGCACAGGUGAAGAAGGAGAAACUUUUAAACGCCAACAAAUCAGAGGACGGAGUGCUUGGAGCUGAUGUGAUUCGUAGCGAGUACCGCCUCGCGCCGCCGCGCCCGCUACAGAGAGAAAUACUCAGUGAAUCGACGGUAUCAGCUGCUACAUCGUAUCACACAGCCCUGAUCGUCCUCGCGGCCACCUCAGCGUUCAUCAUCAGCGUGCUCUGUGUACUGGUGAUGUUGUACCGAGCACGUUUACAGCGAGAACCUCAUAAAGCUGAACGUUUCCUCCCUCCCGCGCCGCCUGUGUAUGUCCUAUCAGCGGAUGAGAAAGCCGAACUGGCUAGAGCAUUACACGCUCCGCCAGCCCCUGUAUUACCAGCAAAUGCUGAUGAUAGAGUCUAA